UAAGCCACAUGAUGAUCAGUCCAAAUUUGAUUUAGCUUUCCUGGAUACUUUUUAGUGUUUUUAUGACUAGUGCAAAGAAAUGAAAGAAAGAUAAUAUUAAAUCCAUGAGAUGAUCAUAUGACAAAUAUAUUUAAUGUAAUACUUACUACACAAUAACCAUUUUAUGGGAAAAAAUAUAAAAUAUUCACAUUUGUGAAAGUUAUCUACGGACUGAAUAUUUUCUUAAUUGUUUUAAUUGAAAUAGCCACUGUAUCAGUUAGAUUUAACAUAUAUAAAUUACACUUUAAUAUAAAUGAUUCAAUGUUAGUAUAAGUGAUUUUUAUUAUCGAUAUUUAAUAAAUAAAAAAUAAUUCAGUCCUGGAUUUUUCGUACGGAAAUUACCGAAGUUUCAGCGGAAAGUACCGAUGUACGUUUUUGCUUUGCCACGUUAGCAUUGACAGGAAAAUAUUAUCAACAUUACUACGUGGAUUUAUCAAUAUAUUGCACUUCAGUUGAAGAUCAACAAACGGGAGAGAAUUCCUUAGAUAUUCAAGAUGGAUUUGGUCCAUUUUCUCUUCCUGAUAUUCACUAUUGGUUUAGUGAGUGUAGAUUCUUUGAUGUUCCAUCUUCCACCAAAUCAGAAAAAAUGUUUGAAAGAAGAAAUUCAUAAAGAUGUUCUUGUGACUGGGGACUAUACACUAACAGAGGCACCAGGCCAGAACACAAAUCUUCUUGUGACAGACUCCAAGGGACAUACAUUGUACCAUAAAGACAGUGCUGAGAAAGGAAAAUUUGCUUUCACCACUGAGGAAUAUGAUAUGUUUGAAAUAUGCUUCGAGACAAAGCUUCCACAAGGUAUGCAAGGGGCAGCUAGAGAAGUUUUCCUGAAUGUAAAACAUGGUAUUGAAGCAAAAAGCUAUGAAGAUAUUGCCAAGGCAGAAAAACUUAAGCCACUAGAGGUUGAACUUAGACGUCUUGAAGAUCUAUCAGAAUCAAUUGUAAAUGACUUUGCCUACAUGAGAGCAAGAGAAGAGGAGAUGAGAGAUACAAAUGAAUCCACACACUCCAGGGUGCUAUACUUCAGUGUAUUCAGCAUGCUGUGCCUUCUCGGUCUAGCCACAUGGCAGGUUCUCUAUCUACGUAGGUUCUUCAAAUCCAAGAAACUCAUUGAGUAAUCGUUAGGCUUAUUGAGUAUAUCAUCAUCUCAUCGAGUAACUCAUCUCGUCUUUUUGGAUUCAUCAUCACUACACAGCAUCAUCACCAUGGCAACAGUAUCCUCAAAACUGCAGAAGUUGUAUUUCAUGACUGAUAACAUUGAUCGGCAUGGCAACAAAACAAUGGGUAUCCAUGGAAAUUCUCUUAUCACCAUGUGACACACAUAACAGCCUAACAAUGAUCUAUCUACAGGGAUGUUCAUCUUUAUUUCAAAAAAAAUGUAUUGUAAAAAUACUUGAGAAUGGAUUACAUUUUUGUAUAAGUAAAUAGGCCCCUGUGAGAUGAGUUUGAAUUUUGUCAACAAAAUGUUAUUCAUUUUCUCAAUUAUUCCAUGGACAUUUGAAAAUAUUAUCUGAUGUCAUUAUCGACAACAAUUGACAUCACAAGAAUUUCAAUCCAUUCCAGAAAGAUUACUCUAUUCUGGAUCCUUCAGUUCUAGUGGGAUUUAUUAUUUUCAAAAUUAUUUAUUUCAAUCAUGAAACUAAAAAGCUCUGUCAAGGAAUCAAUGCCCCGAUUCUUUUAAAAGUCCAAGUUGAUCGAAUAAUCCUUGGUUUGGGAAACUCAAGUCUAUUCCUUGACACAGCUUUUUAAACACAAAAAAUAUUGUAUCAUCAGUAAAUAUGUUUAAAAUGUAUUAUAUCUAAAUGAUAUUUUAUAAAAAAAAAAUAAGAAUGGGCUUGUAGUU